AUGGCUCCCAGUGUGUGUGGUGUGUCUCUGUAUGUGGUGGUGGUGGUGUUAGUGACCCUGGUGUCUCCUGGUGGUGCCUGCCCUCGGCCCUGCUCCUGCUACCAGCCCACUGAACUACACUGCACCUUUAGGUCCCUGCUCACCAUACCACAGCUUCUACCGCAACAUACACUACACAUCAACCUAGGGUUCAACAGUAUCAGCAGGAUCCCAGACAGCUCAUUGGCUGGUCUGAGGAGGCUGGAGCUGCUGAUGCUUCAUGGGAAUGACAUCCGUGAGAUUCCUGACCGAGUGUUCCAAGAUCUGUCCUCCCUUCAGGUCCUGAAGCUAAGUUAUAACAAGCUGAGGGAGAUCUCAGCAGAGAGCUUCUCAGGCCUGUCCUCACUACUGCGCCUCCACCUGGAUCACAACCAGCUGCAGUUCCUGCACCCCCAGGCCCUGCUCCGCCUCCCCAACCUCAGACUGAUCCGACUGCAGGGGAACCGGCUCCACCAGCUGCACCCACAGGCCUUCUGCACUCUAUUCCUACUGCAGACAUUCUGCUACUCUACCCUCAGGCAUCUGGAUGUGUCCAACAACAGUCUGACUAUCCUGCCUAGAGACACACUGAGGACUGCCCCUCUUCUGGAGUCCCUGGCUCUGCAGGCCAACCCUUGGACCUGCGAUUGCAGCAUGGCUUGGAUGCAGGCCUGGAGCAUCUCUCACCCAGGGGUGUUGAAAUGUCCAGGGCCGCAGUGCCCGGUCUGUGCCUCACCCAAACACAUGAAGGGUCGUGGCCUUUUGCAGCAGAAAGACCUAUCCUGCACCUCGCCUGUCAUCUCCACCAAUCCCAGAACCUCAUCUCAGGAGGAUGGCGAAGUUCAACCAAUAGAAACCUUUAGAGAGGCUUUAGGCAACGCCUCCCUGGGGAUGUCCGACCAACAGGGGAAUGCCGUUGAUCUGAAGUAUCAAAUCGGUCCUUUCUUGUCCUUCAGGUACAGACAGACAGCAGAGAAGGAGGGCUACUACCAUACAGGGGUCAGGGCCAGUAUUCAAGCCCAGCCUGCCUGGUUACUGCAGCCCCAUGUCAGUCUAGAGCUCAACAGAGCUCAGUCCAGCACCCACAUGGUUAAACUGACCCUGUCCACCCUGGUGUCUGCCCCCCCAGACCCCCCAUCCCCACACUCCUGGGUCCUCAUCCAGACCAACCACACCCACACAGCUUUUACUGCAGCUGCAGAGAGACAGAUCCACCUGCCCUGCCCUGUCCUCAGCUCUAUUGGAGACCUAAGCUCUGGAGACCACAGGCUCCAAUGGGUUUUCCCAGAUGGUUCAACAGUCUCCUCUCCCUACCGCAGCUCAGAUGGUAGGGUCCGGGUGUCUGGCCAGGGGCUGGUCCUGCAGAGAGUGGAUCACUCUGAUGCUGGACUGUACUAUUGCGUGGCCCGGGCGGGGGGAGAUGUUGACGUUCUCCCCCUCCGUCUGGCGGUGGUAGAAUCAUCCAAUCCUCCCCCAGGGGAGGAGCUAGGCCCUGCUGUGACUGGAUUGGUUGGAGACCCUGUCAGUCUGCCGUGCGAGGCCUCUGGUACACCGAGGGUUGAGGUGAAUUGGGUUCUUCCUGGCGGGAGAGUGAUAGGGAGUAGGAACGAGGGGAGGAGAAAGGAUGAGUCAGGGAUGAAUGUCUUGGCCAACGGUACCCUGUCUCUUCCCAUCCCUGCGCUGGGAGAUGCAGGCCUGUACCGGUGUGUAGCGGUGAACCAGUACGGUGCUGACUCUCUCUCCACCAGACUGACGCUCACCCCGCGUCCUUCUGACACCUCAUCACGUAUGAGAUAUCCCAUGAGGCCACAAUCUGUGGCGGGGGUGUCCAACAGGGUACGAGCCCCUCUACGGGGUGAGGAGAUUGAAGAGGGGGGCUCAGGAGAUGAUGAGGGGGAGAACAUACUGCCCACCAGGGCAGGUUACAACAGGACAUGGCGUCCCCCCAUCAGAUCCCACAUGGUGAGGAUGGAGGGAAGCAGACCACCCCAAAAGGGCAAGAAGCCCUUGAGGAGAGGCUUCCCUGUGGAGCAGAGGAGGAACAGGUUGGAGGGACGGCGGAACUUUAACCUGGCCAAGCACAAAAUAGACCCUCAGAAAUGGGCCGACCUGCUGACUAAGAUACGUGGAACAACACCUACUGGUACUGAGAAAGAACCCAGUGAGAUAGAAUCCAGUGAGAUAGAACCACUCUACCCAGAAACUAAGGAAGAACCCAGUGAGAUAGGACCACCAGCGACUGAUGAAGAAGAACCCAGUGAGAUAGAACCACCAGCAACUGAAAAAGAACGCAGUGAGAUAGAACCACCAGCAACUGAUGAAGAAGAACCCAGUAAGAUAGAACCACUCUACCCAGAAACUGAGGAAGAACUCAGUGAGAUAGAACCACCAGCAACUGAUGAAGAAGAACCCAGUGAGAUAGAGCCACCAACAACUGAUGAAGAACCCAGUGAGAUAGAACCACUCUACCCAGAAACUGAGGAAGAACCCAGUGAGAUAGAGCCACCAACAACUGAUGAAGAAGAACCCAGUGAAAAAAACCCACCAGCAACUGAUGAAGAAGAACCCAGUGAGAUAGAACCACCAGCAACUGAUGAAGAAGAACCCAGUGAGAUAGAGCCACCAACAACUGAUGAAGAACCCAGUGAGAUAGAACCACCAGCAACUGAUGAAGAACCCAGUGAGAUAGGACCACCAGCAACUGAUGAAGAACCCAGUGAGAUAGAACCACCAGCAACUGAUGAAGAACCAAUCCCCACCACCAGAGCUCUCUCCAGCUCCCCAAAGACCUCCACACCCACCACAGACAGUCAGGCUGGACUCAACCCUGAGUCCACCCUUCCUCAUUCCCCUCCCGCGUCUCCAGCCCAUAGUGUGACUGCCCAACACCCCCCUCAGACCUCCGUCUUGCGUGUCCAGCCCCGUAUCGCUCCCCCUCACAUGCGCCCCAUGUCUGUCCCAGCUGAGAUUGAUGCCCUCCUGCCCUGCGAGGCCAUUGGACAGCCUCCUCCAACAAUCACCUGGACCAAGGUCUCCACAGGAGCUGUGAUGUCAGUGGACUACAAGGCAGAGCGUUUCCAGGUCCUACCCAACGGAACCUUUCUCAUCCGGAGCGUGCAGGUCCAGGACCGAGGGACAUAUAUCUGCAGCGCACAGAACUCUGUGGGCCUGGACCGUGCCAUGGUGACCCUGGAGGUCUGGUCCCGCCCACCCCGCAUUCAGCUACCCAACCACAGAGAUGCAACGGUGCACCAGGGGGGUGAGGUGAGGUUAGAGUGUCGGGCUCAGGGGGUGCCGGUUCCUCUGCUAUCCUGGGUGCUACCUGACCGCUCCGUCCUAACCCCCGACCCUAACCCCAACCCUGCCCUUGGCACUCACCCCCGGGUGUCUAUAUUCCCUAAUGGUACUCUGCGUAUCUUGGUGGCCGGCCCAGCAGACAGAGGACUGUAUCGCUGUGUGGCCUCCAACCUAGCGGGGGCUGGCAGUCUGUCAGUCCGACUCCAUGUGUCCUCUCUUCCUCCAGCCAUCCAGGAGCCCAGAGAGGAGAGGGUAACCCGGCCCGCUGGUUUGCCUCUCUACGCCCAAUGCUCUGCCCGGGGAGCUCCCGCUCCCUCCAUCCGCUGGAGGACCCCUGACGGCACAUUUCUGUUCCCCUCUCAAUUCCUCAACGGGAACCUGUUUGUCCUCCCCAAUGCCACCUUGCUGAUACGCAAGCUAGCCACUAAGGACUCUGGGAGCUACGAGUGCCUGGCGACUAAUGCGGUGGGCGGGGAUAAGAGGACGGUGAGGGUGGAGGUGACUGGAGAUGGAGGAGGAGGAGAAGCUAGGAUCCUCUCCACCUCUCCAUCCAGUUCUAUAGUCAUAUAUGGUGAAUCUCUGCUCCUUUACUGUUCAGCAACCGGCAACCCAGAGCCUAGAGUGGUCUGGAGGGUACCUGGCAAGAAACUAGUGGAUGCUCGCUACAGUUUUGACAAGAGGAUGAAGGUGCACAGUAAUGGAACGCUGUAUAUCCAGUCCGUGACGGAGAAAGACGGGGGGGACUAUUUAUGUGUCGCGCGAAAUAAGAUGGCUGACGACUUCCGCUUCCUCCAGGUCACCGUGGCAACAAAGCCUGCUAAGAUUGAGCCAAAGCAGCCAUCAAAUCAGAAAGUGGUAUUGUACGGAGCAGCUCUAAAGGUAGACUGUCUGGCGACCGGCCAGCCCGACCCCGCGGUAAGAUGGAGCCUCCCGGAUGGAACCUCAGUGAAAAGUGUCCUGUUGCAGGUGGAAGAGAGAGGGAGGCGCAGCCGGCGACUGGUGGUUUUUGACAAUGGAACACUGUUCCUCCCCUCGGUGGGGAUGGGGGAGGAGGGGGAGUAUGUCUGCCACGCUGAGAACCAUGGGGGGAGGGACACUAUGAGUGUGAUGGUCAAAGUCCUCGCCUCACCUCCCUCCUUCCCCAGUACCAAAUAUGAGGUCAUCAAGGUGCAACAAGGGGGCGUAGUGGCUCUGAACUGUGGGGCUAAAGGAGAGCCUGUCCCUACGAUCACAUGGCUCUCUCCAAUGAAUCGUGUCCUCCCAGUGGAAGGCUCAGGUCCGGUUGUGGUGCAGCAAGACGGGUCCUUGGUGAUCCAGGGGGCUAGAGGGGCUGACGGAGGAAACUACACCUGCCGAGCCAGCAAUGUUGCUGGGGAGAGGAGCAAGGUGAUGGGGGUGGAGGUGAUGGUGACACCACCCAGCUUCACACUCAAUGGGGCUGGGGGUGGGAUCAAUGGGGCAGACAGACAGAUAGCUGUUGUUAGUGGUAGUGGACUGAGUGCUGUGAUCUCCAUCAGUCAGUCUGCAGGGAGGGAUCAUAGGGUCAGUGCAGGUAAUUGUGUCAGUAAUAAUGGAGACAGUAAAGUAGGGGACCAAAGGGUCUCAGCAGUUAGAGGCCAGACAGUUCUUCUGCCAUGUCCAUCCCAGGGCUUCCCUCUCCCCCGCCUGGCCUGGUUGCUGCCCGGUAAUGGGGUUCUCCCGGUGCCCUACUAUGGCAGCAGACUCACCGUGCACCGCAAUGGAACCCUGGAGCUGAGGGGGGUGAGGGCAAGCGACUCCGGCAUGCUGGUGUGUGUCAAUCGUGGCGAGAGGGGUGAGGCUCGGAUAAUGGUACACCUGGAGGUCUCAGACACAAAGGACACACCUCACUCCAGAGACCCAGUGACCACCGAGAAACCUUGCCCAGUAGGCCCAGUUAGUACAGAGCAACCUCGCCCAGUAGGCCCAGUUAGCACAGAACAACCUCGUCCAGUAGUCACAGUCAGCAGAGAGAAACUUCGCUCAGGAGGCCCAGACAGAGAGGAGACACCUCACCCCAGAGGCCCAGUGACCACAGAUAAAUCUCGCCAGGAGACACCUCGCCCUACAGGCCCAGUCACCAAUGAGAAACCUCACUUAGGAGGCCCAGUCAGCACUGAGAACCCUCUGCCAGGAGUCCCAGUCCAAGGGGACACACCUCACCCAAGAGGCCCAGUGCCAGAGGCAGGGAGGAGUGUUGUCCUGGAAAGGAAGCCUGUGGUCACCAGCAUAUCAGGCUCUCUGGUCAGCAUCAUCAACGGAGACAAUCUACAGCUACCCUGCCCCCAGACAGACAGCCCCAGUCAGGGCUCCAGCCAGACAGAGUCUCUGACCUGGAAGUUGCCCAGCGGGGUGGUCGUGUCUCGAGGCCAGGCGGCAGGGACGGGUCGGUACUCAGUCCUGGAUGACGGGACUCUGAUGGUGCAGCAGGUAUCUGUGUUUGACAGGGGGACCUACUCCUGCCGAUCCACCAAUCAGGACACAUCGUCUAUCCUGACAGUUCCAGUGAUUGUCAUCGCCUACCCCCCUCGCAUCAUCAACGGACCCCCUCCCCUCACCUACACCCGUCCUGGUGUUGCCGUUCAGCUAACCUGCUACGUCAUAGCAACCCCCAGAGCGACCAUCACCUGGGAGAUGCCGGACCAAUCCCAGCUCAGGGUCACAGGUCAGGCCCGUCUCUAUGGCAACCGGUACCUGAGUCCCCAUGGUUCCCUGGUGAUCCAGAACCCGACCAUCAGAGACACAGGGUUCUACCGUUGUUCUGCACGGAACGUCAUCGGAACUGACACCAAGGCGUCUUAUCUACAUGUGAUCUAA